AUGGCAAGCCUCUUUCUUGAACAAAUAAGCAAGUCUGGCAUGCUUACAUGCUGCGGGGUGCACAACCAUUCUUUGUAUUUUGUGCAUGAGAAUGUGAUAGAAUUCCUAGACACCCAUGAAAAGAUAAAGCUGCCCUGCAAUAUCAAGUGGGCGCUAUCAAAUGAGUCUGCGAUAUACGCGCUAACUGAUAAGGCUAUUUAUAUAAUUAAAAACAGACUUCUAUCCGACUUGGAGAUAGUUCCGGUUUUGUUUGAUCUGCAGGAGUUAACUGUAAAAUGCAGCUGGAUCAAAGAUAAUAAAAUAUUAAUAUUAUCAGAGAAUGAAGUGAUAAUUUAUAACCUGAAAACAACAGAGAUCCUUAGAUACACCCCCUAUGGACACAAAAUACUAUCAAUGGAGAUAUGCCAUGCUGAAAGCAGCGAAUUUUUACUACUCCUCAGCUCGCACAAUCAAAAUGUAGUUCGGGUGCUGAGCACACAGGACCGGCUUGAAGAAACGUUGCAGUUUUCUGUUCCAAGCACGGUGUACAAGAUAUACAGUCUGCAGAACAAGGAGGUGCUGCUGAUCGAGCCUGAUAAAAUAACCCUGCACAAUACAAGUGCGCCCACCAAAACGAUGUGCUUUGCUGGGGCGCUUGUUCGGGCAGGCAUCGUUAUGAAUGGGAUGUGUGUGCUUAGCUUACUAACUAAUGAGCUGUGCUAUAUAGAUGUAGAGAAAUUUUGUAUUGUUCAAUAUGCCCGCCCAAAGAUCAUUGCGCAGGGGAUGAUAAACAUAGAGAAAGAUCUAUAUCUAUACAACAAGCUUGGUGACAUCUGUGUCGUAUCAAGCGAAGCAGACACAGAGGCUGUGCAGGAUGAAGACAGCGGUGUUCUAAAAAAGGGCUGCAUGGUAGUAAAAGUGAAGGCUACUGAUACCAGAAAUACUAGUGUGCAGCUAAUUGAGCAGAGAGGCAGAUCAACUGAAGCUUGUAAGCUUAUAAGAAAGUAUAAAGAACGUGCAAACAAGAUGCAAAUAAAAGAGGAGCCUGUGCAGCUCUUGAAGAAUGAAACCUACUUUGUUAUACGGUAUAAGAGUAGAAUAGAAGUGCAGAAUAGCUGUGGUGUAACUCAAACUAUGAUUCCCUGCACUGACGCCUUGGCAGCAUAUUUGUGCAAUAACAAGGUUCACAUUCUGUGCAGAUCAGGAAGGCUUUUGACAUACACACACUCGAAUAUUAGCGCAGAAUGCUUGCUUUGUAAGGACACGCAGUUAUCAAAGAAUAAAAGCAAAAAUGUCCUAGCUGAAGAGCAUUCACACGAAAACGAGAUUGUGUUCGCAGAUGUGCAUAGAGAUUUGCUAGUGUAUGCAUCUGCAGACGGUGUGUAUUUGUACAGCUUAUCGACAGGAGCAUUUAAGCUUCUUGGAAGAGAGUAUGCGCCAGCUUCUUUAAGUAUAUAUAACAGUAGAAUUAUGGUCUGCGAGGAGGAUGUAGCUAAGGUAAUCCAUGUUAAUAGUCUUCUAGAGGUUGUUUACUCUGAUACUCUUUUGUUUUCUGGAUGCAUGUGCAUAGCGCUUAGUGAUGCAGAAUAUCUACUGCAGAGAUAUAAUGGCAGCCUGUGGUAUAUAGAUAAUGAUAAGCUAACCAGCAGAAAUAUUAAGAUUGGAUCGGUCAUCAUUAAAGACAGAGCAUAUUAUGAAGACAGUAUUAUGAUAAAUACAGAUGGUGGCACGGUUCUCAUAUCCAGGCAGCAUGAUGAGGUCAUUGCACAGCACAUAGACAGAGGCAAAAACCAGGUUAAUACAAUUGACAAGAGUAGCAGUACCUAUUUAGCAUAUCGCUAUAGUUCAAGGCACACUGCGCAUUAUGUUGAUAUAUACAAUUUGUUUGAGACUCCUGAGUACAUAAAGGUCCGCGCAGUAAACGCCAAGGAGGUUAGAGGCCUCGAUGCAGUCGAUGUAAUUGAUGUAGAAAACCAAACAUUGGUUAUUAGCAGGCAUAGAAGGAUGGUUAAUACAAUGCUUUCUGCCGAGUUUUGUGUAAGUAUUUCACUGUUUGGGCAUAAAUAUCUGGAUGAGGUGAGAUGGAGUCAUAUUUACUCAGUGUACUCAGCGCUGGUAGGUAGCAAAAUAUGCAUAGCCAUAAAUCGGGCAGAUGAAUCUGAGCUAGUUGCACUGCGCGUAAGGGGAAAUAAGAUAGUGCAAAUUGAAUCCAUCUCAUUUAAAGGCGUAAGAAUUCUGGGAAUUUCUAAGUACGGAAGCAUAGUGUACUGCAGCACAUCAAAUGGCCUCAUUGCAUACAAAGUAACAAAGACUGGGUUUGUAGAAAGCGCUAUAAACAAUGUUUAUCUAUGCAGCAAUGCAAACAGUCGAUAUGAAGUGUGCAAUAAGCACUUGGUGGAGUAUGCACUUUCUCAAAUUAAGCUGUACAAAAUUGACUUAAAGAAGGGCAUUACUUCUCUCGCAAACCCCCCGCUUUUCUAUGUAGACAGAGUUAAAAAUCACCAUAAAGUGAUUGGUGUGUUUAAUAGUGAGUUCUUUCUUAUGGGGUAUGCUCAUGAAAACAGAGGCUCUCUUGUGCUUCUCCAAAGGAAAGGCAGCCAGCAGCUGCACAAAAUCCUUUCUAUUUCACUGCCUUCCGGGGUUGCGCAUAUAGAAAGAGCCUCUCUAUCACUCAUAGGCAGAUCCGAUACUCUGUUGGUUCAGACAGAGACAGGAAGUGUUUAUAAAAUAGAGCUAGUGGGCAGGGAUUUUGCCAAUGAUUUCUUUGGUGCAGGCUUUCCAGAUACUCAGGCGGGUACUUCUGAUAUCCGCAUAUUUGCAGAUGAAGAGCUUCUUUCUUCCUUGAAAGUAGAAACAUUUACAGACAAAAAACCGUGCAUUGCGAGUAAUAUAGAUAAAAUUUCUGCUCUAUCGUUAAUUCUUUAG